UCAAAUUCGGCGGGAAUCGUCCCCAGACAGAGCGACGAAGCGAAAUCAUGAACAAACAAAAGCCAUUAACCUCAAAAAUUGUAAUAACUCAAAACUUCUUGUUAGAUUUUCAUUGUCAAUAAACAAAUAUUUUAAAACAUUUGAUAGAUUAAAACAUUCUUCUAGAUAAAAACUACUCUAGUAUAGACACAGAAACUUCAUCAGCUCAGGAAAAUGUGGCAAAAUAAUGAUGAUGGAUUUGGUGGAGGUGGUGGCGGAUUCGAUAGCUCGGUAAAUGAUGGCCAAGGAACACCGGCAGCCCCUAAGAAGAGAUCUUCCGAUACUAUUGCCCAUGUAAGUGUGAGGCAGAUACUUGAGUGUAAAGAAGACGCACUGAAAAUAGGCAAUACGGAAAUCGGAACGAUUGUAAUUGUGGGUAUCGCAAAAAACAUCGAGACAUCAUCUGUGAAGAUAGUUUAUAACGUUGAAGACAAUAGUGGAUCAAUUUCAGUAAUGCUGUGGCUAAAUGCUGAUGAGAAUGAUGGGGGAAACGUUUUGCCCGACGUCGCUCAGAAUGACUACUGUACAGUCUACGGCAAAAUGAGGGUGCAGAAUGGCAAACAGUUCAUAAUUGCAUUUUCAAUCAAGCCAGUCACCGAUUUGAAAGCGUUGGUCGUGCAUAAGCUGAAGGUGGCUCAUACUGUCUUCAAAUUGGAGCGACUUGCACAGCAGGAGAAUGACCAGUACAGUGCGACAAGAAUGGAAAGCAAUGACUUGAUGGUCGGAGGAGGGUCGAAUAUGUUUGGAGGCUCCGAUUUGAACUUUGGACUCAAUCCUCAACAGCUCAGAGUUUACAAAGCUGUCCAGCAAUGCAAACGAGAAGGUGGGUCUUCUAAGGACGAGAUAGCUUCCGCUUUAACCGUGAAAAUGCCUAAACAAGAGUUGGAGAAUAUAUUGGAAUUCCUCGUCACGGAGGGACACAUCUACACGACACAAGAUGAUUCCCACUACUUGGUCACUGAUUUUACAUGAUCUGUGUCAUCCACACAUCUUACACUUUGCUUUUUUUAAUGCUACAUCAACCUAUUGAGAUGUGUAAAUAUAUAUUUUCAAGGAUAGUACAAUUAUCAGUAAGCAAGAAAGCAUAAUAAUGCUGUCGUCGAGUUAUAUGUUAAAAUAGGUAGAGGUACCAAACAAUCAUGAAAGCUUAUUGAGAUUGAGCUAUUAUCAUUCAAUGGUUGUAGGUAGUGAUUGGUAAAUAAAAAAAAAUAAUUCCCAAUAGUGAA